UCUAUGGAGACCGAGAAACAGGGGAUAAUACGGCGGAACCGCCCAGGCUGCAGUCCCUCCCUGGAGCCGGCAGGGAGCAGAGCUGCGGAGCCGCCUUGGUCUCCCGCGUCCGUCGGUCCAUUCUUGCGUCCUUCUGUCCAUCGAACGAGCACAGUAGGAGCAGCCACGAGGUAGAAGGGUAGCAUGGCAGCAAGCACAGAUGUGGCUGGGCUGGAGGAAAGCUUCCGCAAGUUUGCCAUCCAUGGUGACCCCAAGGCCAGUGGGCAAGAGAUGAAUGGCAAGAACUGGGCCAAGCUGUGCAAGGACUGCAAGGUGGCUGAUGGAAAGGCCGUGACAGGGACCGAUGUCGACAUCGUCUUCUCCAAAGUCAAAGGAAAGUCUGCUCGGGUUAUCAACUAUGAGGAGUUCAAGAAGGCUCUAGAAGAGCUGGCAAUGAAGCGAUUCAAGGGGAAGAGUAAGGAGGAAGCCUUCGAUGCCAUCUGCCAGCUGGUGGCAGGCAAGGAACCAGCCAAUGUGGGCGUCACCAAAGCAAAGACAGGAGGUGCUGUGGAACGGCUGACUGACACCAGCAAGUACACAGGCUCCCACAAGGAGCGCUUCGACGAGAGCGGCAAGGGCAAGGGCAUUGCUGGGCGUCAGGACAUCCUGGAUGACAGUGGCUAUGUGAGUGCCUACAAGAACGCAGGCACCUAUGAUGCAAAGGUGAAGAAGUAAGGCCUGGGAAGGCCCACAGCAUGGCUGCCCCCAGCAGAGGCUCAGGCCUGGGCCUAAAGGGCACAUGGAGCGAGAGAGCCCUGUCCCUUCCCUGCUGGACCUCCACCCAGUGCUUCCUGCCCAGCCCCAAGGGCCAGCCCACCAGACCUCUGACCCAGACUGCUCUGCAUCCCCUUCCCCUUCCCUCCCUGACUUCUGGCUGUCUGGGGAGGGUCUGUGCCUGUAGCCUCACUGCCCCAACCUAGCCCUGGGCAUGGCUAACCCCUUGCGUGCUUGCCUCAUAUUUAAGCUGCUGCUCUGGCCAAGUGCCUAAUUCUUACCCAGACCUCAAUAAAGAUACCUUUUGUACCAAUAUAA